CGCAGUGCUGAAGGUUCCCACCCGGAGAGGUGUCCGACGCUCUUGCAGACCGGCAACAUGGCGUGGUCCGGAAAUAAGGCAGCUGUUGUGCUGUGUAUGGAUGUGGGCUUUGCUAUGAGUAACUCCUGUCCUGGUGAAGAAUCUCCUUUUGAACAAGCAAAGAAAGUGAUGACCAUGUUUGUCCAACGACAGGUGUUCGCUGAGAGCAAGAAUGAGAUUGCUUUGGUCCUCUUUGGUACAGAUGGUACUGAGAAUGCCCUUGCUGCUGGGGACCAGUAUCAGAACAUCACAGUGCACAGACACCUGAUGCUACCAGAUUUUGAUUUGCUAGAGGACAUUGAAAGCCGAAUCCAACCAGGUUCUCAACAAGCUGACUUCCUGGAUGCCCUGAUUGUGUGCAUGGAUGUGAUUCAGAGUGAAACUGUAGGAAAGAAGUUUGAGAAGAAGCAUAUUGAAGUGUUCACUGACCUCAGCAGCCCCUUCAGCAAAGAUCAGCUAGAUAUUAUAAUUCAUAACUUGAAGAAAUCUGGCAUCUCCCUCCAGUUCUUUUUGCCCUUCCCAAUUGCCAAGAUAAAUGGUACUGGGGACAGAGGAGAUGGCAGCUUGUACUUAGAUGAUCGUGGACCCUCCUUUCCUCAAAAAGGUAUUACUGAGCAGCAAAAAGAAGGCAUUCAGAUGGUGAAAAAUGUGAUGAUGUCUUUAGAAGGUGAAGAUGGGCUGGAUGAAAUUUAUUCCUUCCGUGAGAGUCUGAGACAACUAUGUGUCUUUAAGAAAAUUGAGAGGCGUUCCAUGCCCUGGUCCUGCCAGCUGACCAUUGGCUCCAAUUUGUCUAUAAAGAUUGUGGCCUAUAAAUCGAUUACUUUGGAGCAAAUUAAAAAGACUUGGAUGGUUGUGGAUGCAAGAACCCUAAAGAAAGAAGAUAUACAAAAAGAAACAGUUUAUUGCUUAAAUGAUGAUGAUGAAACUGAAGUUCCCAAAGAAGAUACUAUUCAAGGGUUCCGCUAUGGAAGCGAUAUAGUUCCUUUCUCUAAAGUGGAUGAGGAACAAAUGAAAUACAAAUCGGAGGGGAAGUGCUUCUCUGUUUUGGGAUUUUGUAGAUCUUCUCAGGUCCAGAGAAAAUUCUUUAUGGGAAGUCAAGUUCUAAAGGUCUUUGCAGCAAAAGGUGAUAAGGCAGCAGCAGUUGCACUUUCCUCCUUGGUUCAUGCCUUGGAUGAAUUAGACAUGGUGGCUGUAGUUCGAUACAUUUAUGACAGAAGAGCUAAUCCUCAAGUUGGUGUGGCUUUUCCUUAUAUCAAGGAUGCCUAUGAGUGCUUAGUGUAUGUGCAGCUGCCUUUCAUGGAAGACUUGCGGCAAUAUAUGUUUUCAUCCCUGAAAAAUAAUAAGAAAUUUACUCCCACAGAGGCACAGUUGAGUGCUGUUGAUGCUUUAGUCGACUCUAUGAGCUUGGUAAAGGAAGACAAGGAGGAAGACACCAUUGAAGACUUGUUUCCAACCACCAAGAUCCCAAAUCCUGCAUUUCAGAGAUUAUUUCAGUGUACUACUGUGAAGCAAAGCCAGAACUGCUCCAGCCAUGAAGAGGGUCCCACUGCUAAAAAAUGUAAGACUGAGGAAGGGGAAGCCCACUUCAGUGUUUCUGGCCUGGCUGAAGUCAGUAUCACAAAGGUUGGAAGUGUGAAUCCUGUUGAAAACUUCCGUGCUCUAGUGAGACAGAAGAAUGCCAGCUUUGAGGAAGCAUGUCAUCAGCUAAUAAGUCACAUUGAACAGUUUUUGGAUACUAACGAAACACCAUAUUUUAUGAAGAGCAUGGACUGCAUCAAAGCCUUCCGGGAAGAAGCCAUUCAGUUUUCAGAAGAACAGCACUUCAACAGUUUCAUGAAAUCCCUUCGAGAGAAAGUGGAAGUUAAACAGUUAAAUCAUUUCUGGGACAUUGUUGUUCAGGAUGGAAUCACUCUGAUCACCAAAGAUGAAGCCUCUGGAAGUUCUGUCACAGCUGAGGAAGCCAAAAAGUUUCUGGCCCCCAAAGAAAAACCACAUGAAGACAAAGCAGCCAUGUUUGAAGAAGGUGGUGAUGUAGACGAUUUGCUGGACAUGAUGUAGGUCAUGGAUGUUUGGGGAAUCUAAGAGAGCUGCCAUCUUCAUAGUGCUGGAGACUCUAAACACAACAACCUGGAAGCCAUUCAGGGGAACCCGAAGCUGUGGAGAUCAUUUCAACAGGUUACUUGGAAGUGAAUUCCCCUCCAUCUCUAUGGCGUGAACACAUGCAUACAUGUUGUAAGAGAUAAUUCAGACCUUAUGCAAAGUUUAUAAAGAGGCAUUCUUACUUUUUGUUUGGCGUAUUA